AUGCGUUUCACACUUCUCCUUUCCGCGCUCAUUGCGCCCCUCGCUGUUCUUGCUUCACCCGUUGGCAUUGAAGGCAAGGCCGACCUUGUUGACCGACAAGCUCGCCCUACGAAGCCACCGCCUUGCGUUCGCGACCUCAAAACGACCGAAGAACAAACCAAAGUUCGCGCUGAGGCUUUUGCGCAAGCCUUCAUCUACAAGAAGAACAUUACCGAGGCGUUCACGUACAUCGUAAAAGACUACAUUAACCACAACCCUGCCGCUCAAAAUGGCUCUGACUCCGCCUGGAACAUUCUCUCUCCCAUCUGGGGCUCGCAGAACAUCACGCCGAUACGCACUACGUACAAGCACCCGCAGAGCUGGUUGAACUACCGGAAUAGCUUUGGAACUAUUGUGGAUCGUUUUAGGUGGGAGGGUGGGUGUAUCGCUGAGCAUUGGGAUCAAGGAGAGCAGUUCCCAACCACAACUACCAAGCCAGUAAAGGGCGCGUGCAGCAAGGCCAAGUGA